AUGCCUCUCAAAAGCCUCGAAGCCCAGCGCGAGCACGAUUUUCAUCGCUAUCUUGAUGCUGUUCUUUCCAUUUCCGGCAGCGUGCCGACUUAUUGCGAUCUCAAUGAUCCCGCCGCAGUCGAAGCCCAUGAGCCUUGUCCAUCGCCUGACACCGCGCUCACUGCAUUCUGUCAAUUGGCAGCCUACCGUCUCCGUACCAAGCGUGCAAUGCUCUUCUUCUUCGAUGUCACACAUGCGUUUGUUCUUGCAGAGGCUACUCGUACCCUUUCUCUCGCUGGCGAAGAGGUCCACCACGUCGGCGACCCUUUGUGGCUCGGGUUCACUACCAUCCCCCGAGGCUUCUCCGUUUGCGAACAGACAAUCAGCAUCGUCGCUCCUGCAUUGGGUCCCGCAUGUUCGUCGAAACCAGUCAACGUCAUUAGCGACCUUAGCGAGGACACUCGAUUCUGUGGGCGACCUUACGUGCAGUCUUCACCUCACGCUCGCUUCCAUGCUGGUGUACCAAUCACCUCCCCUGAAGGCAUCAACAUUGGAGCAUUCUGCGUUCUGGAUGAUUGCAAGCGGGAAGAUCUGACUGAUAUUGAAAAGGAGUUCAUGCGGGAUAUCUCUGCCACUAUCAUGACUCAUCUGACACUGGUUCGCGCAAAAGCAGAGCAGAAGCGAGAGACGCGGAUGGUCACGGCACUUGGCAGAUUUGUUCAAGACUCUUCUGGCCUUAGAGAGCCCAAAGGAGCAGACGAAGACACGGAGAAUACUCAACACAUGAAUCCAUGCUCAGCAAAUCGUGGAACAAGUACAACGAAUAAGUGCUACGUUCUCGGGUCCUCUCUCGCCUACGAUAUGCCCUUCGAUGCCACUGAAACGAACAUUACAGAGGCACUGCUAGAGUCUUUGUUGACAAAAUAUCCCUGUGGGAAAAUCUGGACUUUUGAAGGCCAAGGAUUCGAGAGCGAGCAAAUGACUGACAGUGCCAACGAAGGAUCUUCCACAAACCCGAGGCGACAGCCAUCCACACCUGGUGCCACCCGCGACCGCUGGGAAAGGCGCGCUCAUGCGGAAGAAAUCCAACGGUUAUUUCCCAGAGUUCGCAGCUUUGGUUUUGUUGGCAUGUGGGACCAGGUGCGCGGACGCUGGUUUGCUGGCGGUAUGUUCUGGACGAGUUCGCCAUUCCGGGUCUUGUCGGUUGAAAGUGAGCUCCGUUACAUUUCAGCCUUCUGCGACGUGAUCAUGACAGAGACUAAACGUGUCGAGGCCGAGAGGUCAGACAAGGCGAAGAUGGACUUUCUGUCGUCUAUAUCCCACGAGCUUCGCUCGCCACUCCAUGGUAUACUAGGGAGCACAGAAUGCCUGCAAGAGCAAGAGCAAAGCAUGGACGUUGCGAGCGAGCUACUCGUAUCGCAGAUUGAGUCCUGUGGAAGGACGCUUUUAGAUAUCAUCGACCACUUGUUAGAGUACAGUCGCAUCAACUUUUCAGCCACACCUGCGUCAAGGCCAGAAAACAAACAACGAGAAGCAAAGUCCUUGGAAGAGAAGCAGUUCCAGCAUCUUACUCCAAUCAGUUCGACCAACGGCUGCAUCGCCCUCGAUACCAUAACCGAAGAAGUUAUCGACGCUGCAGUGUUCUCUUUUCUCAGCGGGCGUGACAGCAGCAGCAAAGACACUGUGUCUGUGAUGAUCGAUAUUGAUUCGCCCGGGUCCAGCAAGUGGAAAUGCCAAAUAGUCACUGGUGGCUGGAAGCGAAUAUGCAUGAACAUCGUUACCAACGCCUUGAAAUAUACUCGCCGCGGAUGGAUCCACGUGGGAAUCCAAACCACCCUUAUACCCAACUCUGAAGACCAACUGGCUGCUGUACUUACUGUUUCGGAUUCUGGGAAUGGAAUGACCAAGGACUUCCUCAAAAAUCAUCUAUUCCGGGCCUUCUCGCAAGAAGACAGCCUUUCAUCAGGAAUAGGACUUGGGAUGAACUUGGUUGCGAAAAUCGUCCAAACACUCGGUGGCAAGAUCGACGUUCAAAGUGAGCAAGGCGUUGGAACUCGAGUCACGGUCUAUGUCCCUUUGCAGCAGACCCCUUUCGGCCAAGGAGAUGUAGCACCACGGACGAAACCAACACUACAGAAGCUCUGCAGGAACGCCGUCUGUGUCGUAGACGGCGUGAAUGUUCGCGGUCGUGCGUUGAUCUCGACCCGAGAUGCCAUCGAAGCCAAGACGCACACACUGCUCAUUGCAGCGAUUGAGAAGUCAUGUGGGCAACUGGGUCUGAAGGUCUGUCGAGCUGGUGCUUCGACAUCGUCCAAAGCCCAGUUGAACAUCAUAUUGCAAAAAGAUCUCAUGGACAUACUUCAACACUCGAAGAGCAACGCCGGCAGAUUAUCGCUGGGUCAAAAGCCGCUUAUAGUUGUCUGCGAAAGCUCACAGGCCGAGCGCAAGCUACGCAAGUCAAAGAUGUCUUUCGUUGCUGGGCAGAUCGUAGAAUAUCUGGCUCAGCCAUGCGGUCCGACAAAGCUGGAGAGAGCCAUCGUAUCCUGCCUGACACGUCAAUCCAGCAUCGCUACAGCCUCUAUGACCAAGCGCAACAUGGAGAAGAAAGUCGUUUCAACAACGGAACCGCAUGAAACAAGCAAAGACCCCCAACUAUUACGGAUUCUUCCCUCGCGAGUCACCACGCUACCUUCGCGACCAGCUUCACCGUCACCCGAAGUGCCACCUGCGAAGGACGAGCUCGUCCUGCUCCUAGUCGACGACAAUCCAGUAAAUCUCCAGCUUCUCAAAACAUACGCGAGCAAACGCGGCCUUCCACGACAUCUUGCCUCGAAUGGCCUCGAAGCUCUGGCAGCCUAUAGGGAGGCGCACUUGGCCAAACCAGCAACGUCAAACCCAGGAAUACCGAACGUCGUCAUGAUGGACAUCAGCAUGCCUAUAUGCGACGGUUUUGAAGCCACAAAGCGAAUCCGAGCCUACGAGCAUGAACAUGGUCUCAAACCAGCCACGAUAAUCGCACUCACGGGACUAGGUUCGCCAGACGCCCAGCGUGAAGCAUAUACCUGUGGAUUUGACAUGUUCUUGACAAAGCCAGUGCAACUCAAAAAGCUGACUGCUCUGUUGGAGGAGCUGAAGAACGACAAGAAGAGGGCUUGGGUUUGA